AUGGCAUUUCAACAAGAAUAUUUUGCUAUUCCACCCAUUACACGGGCCUACACAACCACAUGCCUUUUAACAACACUCGCAGUACAAUUGGAUUUUGUGACGGCUUAUCAACUUUACUUUAAUCCAGAACUUAUUUUUAAGAAAUUUCAAUUAUGGAGAUUAAUAACUUGUUUUUGUUUUUAUGGUGGAAUUGGUUUCAACUUUUUCUUUAACUUAUUAUUUACUUAUCGAUAUUGUCGUCAUCUUGAAGAAGGCUCAUUUCGUGGACGUUCUGCAGACUUUCUUUUUAUGUUUCUAUUUGGUGGAAUAUUAAUGAUAGUAAUGGCAUUAUUUGUUAAUAUUGUUUUUCUUGGUUCAGCAUUAACUAUCAUGCUAGUAUAUAUUUGGAGUCGUCGAAAUCCGUAUGUUAGGAUGAAUUUUUUUGGUUUACUUAAUUUUCAAGCACCAUUUUUACCUUGGGUACUAUUUGCAUUUUCACUUCUACUAGGAAAUUCAGUUAUUUUUGAUUUGAUGGGUAUUAUUGUGGGUCAUAUUUAUUACUUUCUUGAAGAUAUAUUUCCACGUCAAGCAGGUGGUUUUCGUGUGUUAAAAACGCCUCAAUUUCUAUGUUGGCUAUUGGAUGAAGGAUCUCAUCGUGCGCAUGAAAAUGAAGCACAUCCUGAUGUUGUCGGUGGCAAUGCAGGUUUAGGUGCUGGUGGUUUUCAUUGGCAGUGA